AUGAGAAUAAAUCCUACUACUUCUGGUCCGGGAGUUUCCGCGCUUGAAAAAAAGAACCUGGGGCGUAUCGCUCAAAUUAUUGGGCCAGUGCUAGAUGUAGCUUUUCCCCCGGGCAAGAUGCCUAAUAUUUACAACGCUCUGGUAGUUAAGGGUCGAGAUACUGCCGGUCAAGAAAUUAAUGUGACUUGUGAAGUACAACAAUUAUUAGGAAAUAAUCGAGUUCGCGCUGUAGCUAUGAGUGCUACAGAUGGUCUAACGAGAGGAAUGGAAGUGAUUGACACAGGAGCCCCUCUAAGUGUUCCAGUCGGUGGGGCAACUCUAGGACGAAUUUUCAACGUGCUUGGAGAACCUGUUGACGAUUUAGGUCCUGUAGAUACUCGCGCAACAUCCCCUAUUCAUAGAUCUGCGCCUGCCUUUAUACAGUUAGAUACAAAAUUAUCUAUUUUUGAAACAGGAAUAAAAGUAGUAGAUCUUUUAGCCCCUUAUCGCCGUGGAGGAAAAAUCGGACUAUUCGGGGGAGCUGGAGUGGGUAAAACAGUACUUAUUAUGGAAUUAAUCAAUAACAUUGCGAAAGCUCAUGGGGGUGUAUCCGUAUUUGGCGGAGUAGGCGAACGUACUCGUGAAGGAAAUGAUCUUUACAUGGAAAUGAAAGAAUCUGGAGUAAUUAAUGAAGAAAAUAUUGCAGAAUCAAAAGUGGCUCUAGUCUAUGGUCAGAUGAACGAACCGCCGGGAGCUCGUAUGAGAGUUGGUUUGACUGCCCUAACUAUGGCGGAAUAUUUUCGAGAUGUUAAUGAACAAGACGUACUUCUAUUUAUCGACAAUAUCUUCCGUUUCGUCCAAGCCGGAUCCGAAGUAUCCGCCUUAUUGGGUAGAAUGCCUUCCGCUGUGGGUUAUCAACCUACCCUUAGUACCGAAAUGGGCUCUUUACAAGAAAGAAUUACUUCUACCAAAGAAGGGUCCAUAACUUCUAUUCAAGCAGUUUAUGUACCUGCGGACGAUUUGACUGACCCUGCUCCUGCCACGACAUUUGCACAUUUAGAUGCUACUACUGUACUAUCAAGAGGAUUAGCUGCUAAAGGUAUCUAUCCAGCAGUAGAUCCUUUAGAUUCAACGUCAACUAUGCUCCAACCUCAGAUCGUUGGUGAGGAACAUUAUGAAACUGCGCAAAGAGUUAAGCAAACUUUACAACGUUACAAAGAACUUCAGGACAUUAUAGCUAUCCUUGGGUUGGACGAAUUAUCCGAAGAGGAUCGCUUAACUGUAGCAAGAGCACGAAAAAUUGAACGUUUCUUAUCACAACCCUUUUUCGUAGCAGAAGUAUUUACCGGUUCUCGGGGGAAAUAUGUCGGUCUAGCAGAAACAAUUAGAGGGUUUAAAUUGAUCCUUUCGGGAGAAUUAGAUAGUCUCCCUGAGCAGGCCUUUUAUUUGGUAGGUAAUAUUGAUGAAGCUACUGCGAAGGCUACGAACUUAGAAAUGGAGAACAACUUGAAGAAAUGA